AAUCUCUUUCCCACGUGACUUUUCCUACCACUCUACGAUCUUGAUAGAGUCACUUUAACACUUUAACCGUCCAUUACAACCCCUCCUAAGUACAAUCAGUGCCAUGUCUACACCUCCUGGCUACAGAUUUCUACAAAAAUUUAAAAUACAAAAUAGCUCUAUCAGAGAAUUCUUAGCAGAAUUUUUCGGCACAUUUAUUCUCAUAUUAUAUGGAGACUCGGCUUUCGCUGGAACCAUUCUGGAAGGCAAGGGGGUUCCUGAUGUAUUUGGAGUCACAUGGGUCUGGGGAAUGGGAGCUCUCCUGGGAAUCACGUGUGCAGGAGGCGUAUCAGGAGGCCAUAUUCAUCCCGGAGUAACGGUUGCAUUUGCUACUGUGGGUAAAUUUCCGUGGAGGAAAGUACCACAUUACGUUCUGGGCCAACAUCUUGGCGGUUUCUUUGCUGCUGUAGUUGUGUACUUUACCUUCUAUGAUGGUUUCUACGUUUUCGAUCCAAUGAAAACAGUUGUCGGUGAAAACAGAACCGCUUGGGUUUUCGCAACUUAUCCUAGAGAAGGCAUAUCCAUAUGGAAUUGUUUUUUCACCGAACUUGUUGUAGGUUUCCUUGUAAUGUUCACCGUGAUGGGCAUCGUGGACACUAAAAAUUUGAAAAUACCAAAGUUUUUGUACCCACUCUUCAUAGGCUUCGUAAUUCAAGCAACCGCCCAAAGUUUCUGUAUGAAUUGCAUGGCACCUUUAAAUCCAGCCCGAGAUUUUCCUACACGUGUAUUUACAGCAAUAGCUGGCUGGGGUAAAGAAACAUUUAGCAUACGAAGCUAUGGAUAUUGGUGGAUUGGUCUCAUCGGACCUCACAUUGGAUGCAUAAUUGGAGCUUGGUUUUACUAUCUAGCUAUUGAAUUACACUGGCCUGAAGACAAAUCUCUAGAAGAUAACGACAUCCCCUUGCGCGAUGAAGAAUCAAAGAGAAAGACUUGACGUUAUUCAAGCUUCAAAAUCAAGCUACCUUUUUUGUUUGAAUUUAAAAUCUUUUUUUGGUGUAUUUUUAAUUGCUAGAAAAGGGAAAAGUUUCCUUUUUGAAAAUAAAAGAAUUAAAAGAAAUCAUUGCCAGUAUAUCAAAUGCAUUUUCAGUAAAUGUUUACAUAAAUAUUGAGAUUGUCAUAUGUCAAAAUUAGUUGUGAAAUGCGUAUAUUUGUAUUGACUCAUCUCAUAAAUAAAUUUUUGAGUGAA